UGAAGAUUUUCCUCUUCCUCCAGAAUUGAUCAGGUCCUUUGCACCUCGAGAACAGUGUCAGCGAUUGAAACACCAUUAUUAAUCACUCAAAUGCACUUUUCGACAGCUAUAUCUGCUCAAUUUCACUCCUCUGCACUCUAAUCUCCAAUCACCACUCCGAAAUGUCGAGCGUGUGAGAGGAAUGUUAGGUUAUGUUCAAUUAUAUCACGUUUGCAAUCCGGCGCACGUGAUAAACACAGUAGAAUCAAUUAUACUCUCGAACGGGUUGAGAUGGGGCCUAAGAAGAAAAUGAAAAAAGACUUUAAAGAGUUCGAAACCUUCGAGGAGGACGACAUAACAAAUAGCGAAGACGAGUAUUCAGAGGGAGAGCUCGAGCUCCUGGAGAAAGUCCGGAAGAAGCGAGUGCAGGAGAAUUUCGACAGUGACGACGAGGUCUUCGGUCUGCAGAACGACGAGGACCAUGACUCCAUGGAGUCGGACAUCGAGCGACCCCAGGAGGACGACGGCAUGCCCGACGAGAGGGCCUGGGGCAAGAAGAAGCGAACCUACUACAUGACGGAUUACGUCGAUCAGGACUAUGCUGGGACGAAUGAGAAGGACAUGGCGGAGGCCGAGCUGGAGGAGAAGGAGGCCAGGAACAUCCAGCAGAGGCUCGCGCAGCAGCUGGAUGACGCUGACUUCGGGCUCGAUGGGAUGCAGGCCCCUGAGGCUGAGGCUAAUGCUGAUGAGGACGAGGUUGUUAAAACUGAUCUCAGUAAAUUGAGUAGAAGGGAGAAACUGGCACUUGUCAAGAAGGAGAGCCCCGAGUUCGAGGCAUUGGUCGAUGAUUUUAAAGAACGCAUGAACGAAGCGAAGGACAUUCUCUCCCCAUUUUUGGAACUGGCAGAGGAAGAAAAACUCCCUGACUGCCCCGCAAUCAACUUCCUAAGAACGAAAUAUCAACUGAUUCUGAAUUACUGCGUGAAUAUUAACUUCUACCUCAUGCUGAAGGCGAAGAAGAUUCCGAUCGUGGAUCAUCCAGUCAUCAAACGACUGGCGCAGUACCGACAGCUGAUGGCCCAGCUGGAGGAGGGCCAGGGGAAGCUACUGGAGGAGGCUUCAGAGGUCCUCGAGGCCAAACGCAAGGGCCAAGUCCUCUACAAUGUCUUUGAUAAUUCUGAGAUAGUCCAGAAGAAGCCUGAGAAAUCUAAAGAAAAACGCAGAGUCUCGAGUUCUGAGGACAUUGAGGGCGAGGAGGGAGAUCUGGAGGCCGAUGAAGAGGAUGAAGCGGUGGAAGACGAGGAGGAAGGCCUGCAAGAUGACGAGGCUCCUCAAGAAGCUGCGGAUGCAACUGGUCUGGACGACGAAAAACGACCCAUUAACUAUCAAAUUGCGAAGAACAAGGGGCUGACGCCUCACAGGAAGAAGGAGCAGAGGAAUCCCAGGGUUAAACAUAGGAAUAAGUACCGCAAGGCGAAGAUACGAAGAAAGGGAGCGGUGAGAGAAGUCCGGAAGGAACUGACUCGUUACGCUGGGGAAAUGUCGGGUAUCAAGGCGAGCGUUAAGAAGAGCAUAAAAAUAAAAUAAACAUGAACGUAUCUGUAUUUUUAUUUCAUAAAAUAAAUCAAUUGAAGUGGAAUUGUCAA